AUGCGGAAGAUACAGCACAAACGCUGGCGAGACGCAUUUCACAUUUUCGCACUCAGGAAGAACGAGUGGUUCAAACAGAAACGGACGCUCGAAUUGCGCAAGCUGGAAGUUGCUCGCCAGCAAAAAGAGCGGCUGAAGCUAGCUCUAGCCGGCCAAAAGGCAAAAGAAGCAGAUCAGGAAUACAAGCGACGGUGUCGGAACGAGCGGAUACGGGCUGAAGAGCAGCAGGCCAAAGAGCUUCGAGCUGAGAAACUGCGCCAACUUCGCGAGGCAGCAACCAAACAGCACUUCGAGCGCCUGAUGACUGAAAAGCAGCGACAACACGAAGCACUGAAUUUGGUUGCCGUGAUGGAGGAGGAAGAGAGAAACUUGCGACUGCGUCUUGAAGCGCUUCACUUUCAUCGCGAGUACAUGGAACAGGAGCUGUGCAGUAGCGACCUGCUUGAGCCAGUGCCUCAGUGUUCAAAAACUAUUCUUGAAGAAGACCUGCAGAUUGGCCUCACGGAAUUUGCAACCUACUUCGAAGUACAAGUUGCACAAACAGCUAUGCUUCAACUGCAACUGGAACUGAUGUGA